AUGGCAAGACAAAUGCUUACUCAAAAAUAUCAAGAAGAGAUUAAGGAAAGAAAGUAGAUCAGGUAAAAAUAAGAAGAGGGACUAGGCAAGGUAAAGUACCUUACAAACUCCCACUUCCAGAAUAUAAUCGCAGAAUCUAACAAAUACCUUAAAAUUGAAAAAUAAACAAAACUUAAACUUAAAUUAGACAAACUCACUGUUCUAAAAGUUGUCAAUUCUCUAAUAGAUUUCAAUAGAAAGCUUCUCAAGUCGUAAGGAAUAGAAGAAAAUGUAGAUGACUAUAUAUUUCUAAACAUAAAGAUGAAUAUAUCUAGUGACUAUGAUUAAGAGACUCCAAUUUAGCUAAAAGUUCCAUUUCCCUUAUUUGAAUUAGAAGACAACAAGACAGAGGUAUUACUAAUUGUUAAAGAAAAGCCUGAGAUUUAUAUUCAGAUGUGCGAGGAGUUGAAUUUUCUAGCAAUCAAAGAGAUCAAAACAGUAAUAUAAGUAAAAAAAGAUUGCUAGAAUGGCAAGGGAAACGUUGUAAAGAAAUACCUCAAUUAAUUUGACAUGAUUUUGAUUGAUGACAGACUUUCAUCAGCAUCAGUCGAGAAAGACCUUGGUGGGCAGGGUAAUUUAAUUAAAAAAAGAAACUUUCCUAUUCCAGUUAAGAUUAAUGGCCUAAAUACUUUAGAAUUUAAGAAAGUGAUUUAGGAGGCUUCUGAAACUGUAGGUCUUCUAUUAACUGGAGGAAAUGAUUUUAUUGUGAAAUGCGCAAAAAGUGAAAGUAUGACUAAAAAGGAAAUUGUUAAGAAUGUAAUGCAGGCUGCCCUAAGAGCUAUAUGCUUGAUAAUUUACAGCUAAAAGAAAAUUAAAAAUAAUGGCAUUAAAUAAAUCUAACUUCAGACAACUAAAUCAAUGCCAUUGCCUAUUCAGGAUAAUGAUGAUUUAAAGCAAUAAACUGAUGAAUGA